ACACUGAUCUUUAUUGCACUGCUUAGCUUAAUUGUCUAGGGCCGUUCGUUGCUAUUAUCAUCGCCGUAUUUUCGCCCGGCAAAAAGUGUUUUUUCCGUUACAGUGGGGAUGGACGAUAGUGUCGGUAUGGCGGCCAACGGUGUGGGUAAUGGGGUGGGAACGCCAAGGUCAAAGGACCCGCCGGAGGAGCGGGCCAGAGCGUAUCAAAUGGAGAUGUUUGAGGAGAGCUUAAAGAGGAAUAUUGUUGUUACGGUAGGGAAGCGAUUUGCCCCCCUCUCUUCCCUGCGGCAGUUUAUGGGGUUCUGGUGGAGCUAAUGGUGAUGGAUAGAUGGAUACGGGAUCGGGAAAAACUCAUAUGUAGGGUCUUUCCUGUUGCGUUUGUGUGGCCGGGAACGGGUAGCUGAGCUAUUACUGUGCUUGCUAUGCUAGGGUGUCAGACACUAGAUGGGAUGAACUGGGUUGGCUAACUGUUCGACUGGUAGCGCUGUUCUCCGUAUUCAGGCCCAGUUAGAAAAGGGAGAGGAUAAGGUAGCCAAGGGUCAACUGUGCAUAGAUUGUCGCUUGCUAAUGUAGGCUAUAGCUUUCCUGGUUUUUGGUGCCCAAUGUUUCCUUAGGAAACCAGCAGUACGAAGUGCUAAAGGCUUCUUUACCACCGGUUAACAUUCAGUUCCUCAGCGGGGGGGAUAAAGUCGACAAGUGGAGUGACCAAGAGAUCUGGGACGAGAUUUUGGGCAUCAAGGACAAUGACCACGCGGUCGUUGUCAGCACUCAUCAAGUGAGUGAUCAGAGGGAUGGGCCGGAGAUCUCCAGGGACUAACAGAGAAAUAGGUAUUACUAGAUGCGUUAACCCACGGAUUUGUCAGGAUGCAAGGAAUAGGGUUGAUCGUGUUUGACGAAGGUUUGAGACCCCUUAACCCUAACCAACCGAUAGAAAUACCGUGAAUUCUGUGGAAAUAGGGGGUAUUGGGUGUUAUGGAUUGGCUAAACCCUUCUUAAUAGCCCAUCAUUGUGUUGGACAACACCCCGCAAACCGGAUUAUGCAGGAGUUCUAUCACCCGCGGGCACGCAAGGGAUUGGAUGUUCCGGCUGUUCUUGGACUCACAGCUAGUCCAGUUGUGAAGUCGACCCCGGAUCAGCUACGGCACGUUUCUUCCAAACUUUGGAUUGGAGUUUUAGCUAAUCGGAUGUGUGCCAGAGUGAUUGAGGCCAACCUGAACGCAAUAUCUCGGACGCCGGUACGGAAUCGUGAAGAAUUGCUACGACAUGUUCACCCACCCGUACUGAAGAGAAUCGUUUAUAAGUCGUCGUUUGAAGAAUACGAACUUAUUGACCCAUCCUUACUCGAAGAUGCCACAGAUCGGGCAAACGGAGAUAAAAAGAGAAAGUUUUCAGAGACCAUGUGGCCAGAGGCCCGGGCUAUUAAUCCCAUAGGUUCAUCAGAAAAAGCAGCCGAAAUCCUGGGGAAAGCUAUCGCGCCCCAGGAAAAGAUCCCCAUGCCUGAAGUCACCAAAUCUAAGUCCCGAACGACAUUCAAUUUUCCUGCUGUGGAUAGCGCUCCGUCUAGUGGGGUGAAGACUCCGGACACCUUCGAUACCGCACUAGAGAACAACGAAAUCACUGAUGAUAUUGACGAGUACGAAGAGAUAGACCCAUUAACCGGGGAGCCUUAUCGCAAGCGUGGGAGUGAGGUAGAAUUCGAGAUGAUUGACCCGUUAACAGCGGAGCCUUAUGGAGGUGGUGGACCGUGUACUCCAGUGACUCGCGGAGAAGAGUACGAGCUAAUCGACCCACUCACCGGGGAGCCAUAUGUGAACCCACCAACCGGGAGGACAAGUGAAGGCACCACCCGAUCGGUAACCCCUUCGCGAGGGGAGUUUCACGGAGCUAUGGAACUUGAUGAAGUUUACCUAACCCGAGAUGGUGCUUCCACUGACAACGGGCCGUCUGCGCUGGAAUCCCUCCAAUUAGCUGAGGCGGCGAUGGACAUCCGACAAGAUCCAUAUAUAAGGGCUCUCCAGUCCUCCGAACCCCCUGAUCUGGAACGUAUAGAGAUGACUCUAGCAAAGCGCAAUACAUAUUGUCAAGUACAGAUGCGUGGGCUUUUGAACAAGGCUGUUCACAUCCGGAAAGAGUUUGGUGUUUGGGGCGUGGACUGUUAUCUUAAGCAUGCUAUUCAGAAGGCUAUCAAGUUUGCUGAUGAGGAGGAUCCAGAGAGUAUGUGGAUGGAGUGGAAUAGCGAGGAGAAGCGCUAUUUGAAGUCGAUUCUUUCGAAAAUAACUGUUCCCAGGAACAUUGGCCCGAUAGCAGGGAGGCUUUCGGACAAGGUUGAGAGGCUGAUUGAAGUGCUUCUGGGCGAGUAUAGGGAUGACGGUGGGAAGUUUGCCGGAUUAAUCUUCGUUGAACAACGGGUAGGGGUCUCUAUUCUGGCAGAGAUUCUGAAAACGGAUCCGAGAACGAAGGAUAUAUUCCGGGUCGGAACCGUUGUUGGUGUCUCAGAAGGCAAUGGGAGGACUAGAAAAGCUAUAUAUGAACUUGUUAACCUCAAGGGGCAGUACGAGACAAUUGAGGAUUUCAGGUCUGGUAAGAAGAAUCUAGUCGUGUCCACUAGCGUUGUUGAGGAGGGCAUGGAUAUUCCGGCGUGUCGCCUUGUCGUUUGCUUCUCCCUGCCGCCGAAUCUCAAGAGCUUUAUUCAACGCCGCGGGCGGGCGAGAAUGGCUAAGAGCAAUUAUGUUCUGAUGUUCAGCGAAAGCGAUUCUCAGGGCAAGAUCGACAAAUUCAAGCAACUGGAGAUGGACAUGAUAGAGGAAUACCUGGAUGAGACGAGGAAGCUCAAAGCCGAGACAGGGACGGAAACCGAAGAGCCGGAUGAAGACGGUGUUCUUAGCAAGGGCAAAAACCGACGCUUCCUGAUCGAAAGCACUGGGUGUGUGGUUGCAAGCUAUUCCGAACGAGAAUUUGUGACGCUAAUAUAUUCGAUAGCGCUCUUUUGACCCUUGAUUCGGCUGUAUCCCACCUUCAUCAUUUUUGCAAUUGCCUUCCACAGGGCGAAUACAUGGAUCUUCGCCCCAUCUUCCACACCCGGAUUGUGAACCAAGAGCAAUUGGACAUACAAGAAGCCAGGGGCUCUGGCUCUUCGGUACGGCCAUUUUAUAAGGCUGAGGUCCUACUACCGAAUUGCAUCGCUCCCGAAGUCAGACGAGCAGAGAGUAGAGAGUCCUGGAUAACUGAAAGGUGGGCAAAACGCGAUGCGGCUUUCGAGGCUUAUCUUGCACUUCGACAGCUUCAAGGUGACCCGCUUAUCGACGAUCAUCUGAUGCCACUAUUACAGACUGACCCUGAUAUCGCGGAUGCAACCAAGAAACUCGAGAAGAGGCCCUCAAAAGUCGCCGUCGACAAUACCAUGGAUCCUUGGUCCGAAAAAAAGUGGGAAGAAGACACGGUGGCGUUCGCUACGCCCAUCGCACUUAAUAUGCCUAGUAGUGGUUGUCCCGUGGUGGUUGAGAUCAUAACCCACUUUGCUUGUCCUGACGUUGCCAAGAUCAUGGUAUAUCGCACUAAUUCGGAUAUCGGGGAAGUCAUAGUCGGGCCUUCACGAUGCCUAGGUGUCAAUCCACGGAUAAUCGAGAGAGGGAAGAAGACAACAUAUGCUUUGCUUUCGUGUAUAUUUGGGAGUAGGAUGAAGCCUGGAGUGAAAGAUUUCCCUUAUCUCUUUGUUCCGAAGAACGAAGCAGACGAUUGGGUGGAAGGGGGUGAUGAGGUUCCCAUCACGUUGUUGGAAGCCUACAGGACGCAGGAGGCCGGCUCUGAUAUCGGAAUUAUUAAGGAUAACUCCCAAAAUGGUGUGAGAUAUGUGAUUCAGCGGUGGCGAAACGGCGUGACCCCCGAAGAGCACGAGAACCUUCUGGAGCGGUAUAAGGGGAGGGAUAUUGACCCAAAGGGCGUUUUCAUCGAAGCGAUAAGACUUUCCGGCCGUCGAGACUUCCUCCACCCAGAGUCUAAUGAGCCAUCUUCGGAAAUCCCGACAUUACUCAUACCCGCGUUGUGCACGGUGGAUGCGGUGCCUUGGAAAUACUCCCAGCUUGCGAUGUACUUGCCUGGUGUUAUUCGACGGAUCGAGAUGUCGUUUAUCGCGGCAGAUCUGGAACGCACGUUGCUUCACCCAGUUGGCUUCAACUCGAUACCCAAGAUGGUUACAGCACUAUCUGCUUCAUCGGCAAGAGAAUCUACAGAUUAUCAGCGUCUCGAGUUUCUUGGUGACUCUGUCUUGAAGUUCCUCACCUCUGUCAAUCUCCUCGAUGAGCACCCUUUUUGGCACGAAGGGUACCUCACAAGGAAGAAGGAACAGAUGGUUGCAAACUCGCGGCUGGCCCGUGCGGCCAUUGAUAACCGACUAGCGAAAUGGAUUAUUACUGAUAUAUUCACUGGAUCAAAGUGGCGGCCACGGUAUGUGAUAUCAGAGGAGGAAGAGUUCCCAGACAAGAAACGCAAGGGGCCCAAGCAACUGUCGACAAAGAUCCUUGCAGACGUUGUUGAGGCCCUGAUCGGUGCAGCUUACCUCGAGGGCGGUUACUCAAAGGCGCUUAAAGUCAUUAGAGCGUUCGGGCUUAAUAUCAAUUGGAAACCUCUUAAGGAGCGAACCGGUUCUUUGCUACACCGAGCAUCCCAAUACCCAGAAGUCCAUCUUCUCCACCUCAAAGGCCUUGAAUCACUAAUAGGCUACCAUUUUACGCAUAAGGCCCUCCUCCUGGAAGCCAUUACUCACCCAUCCUGGGAAUCCGACAUGACCUCGCUCUCCUACCAGCGAAUGGAGUUCCUCGGUGACGCCCUAUUAGAUAUGGUAGUCGUGAACCAUCUCUUCUUCUCCCCCCGCAAUCUCUCACACAUCGACAUGCACCUGUAUAAAUCCUCCGUGGUGAACGGUAACUUCCUGGCAUAUCUCUCUCUCCGCUGCGCUGUCGACGUUAAAGGCUAUGGGGUCAGUCAGCGUGCGCAAAGCACGGAAGUAGAAAUCGUUAACAAGUCCCGCAAAGUCGAGCUGUGGAAGUUCAUCCGCCACCAACACCAACAGAUCCAGCACGCUCAAAAAAUAUGCUCGAAACGCUACGAGGAGGAUCUCCGUGAUAGUGUCCAGACAGCCCUAGAUUAUGGAAAGGACUACCCGUGGACCGAGCUUUCUCCGCUCGAAUCGGACAAAUCGGGCCGGAAUAAGUUCCUCUCGGACGUAGUCGAGGCAAUAAUAGGCGCGGUGUUCAUCGAUUCCGGCGGGGACUUUGAAACGGUUAAAUCACUCGCCGAGCGCCUAGGCAUUUUGAGAGUGCUCAAGAGGCUGGUGGCAGAUCAUGUGGACGUCACUCACCCGGUCAAGAAACUUGGGGAAGCCGUCGCAGCCAACGGCCAGGGGACUGUGCAUUACGUGCAAUCCGUAGAGGCAGGCGGGUACUCCUGCACGGUGAUGGUGAAUGAGGAGAAGCUACUCAACGUGAGGGCGGCCAGCCGCUCCGAGGCACGCACGAAAGCGGCGGAAUUGGCCCUGAGUGUGUUUAUGGAGAGGGUCAAGAACGAAAAGUUCCCCCCUGGGACGGCGAGGAAGCGUCGUGGAGAGAAUGAUGACGACGACGAGAGUGAGUACGGAUAUGAGGAUUAUGUAGGAGAGGAGGAAGACGAAUACUCUAUACACGGAAAUUUUGAUUCUGGGGCUCCCGCAAAGGAUAUGCCCAAUGGUGUCGGCACAGCGAUCGGGAGGAGGAAGGUGUUUGAGGAUGAGGCUAGUCAUGUGGACCUGAAGAUUGGGGAUUUGGACACGGUUCUUGAUAGUUGUUAGCGGGUCACGUUUUCUUUUUUUCUUCUUCCUUUUCCUUUCCUUACUCGGUUAUGCAACUUUUGUAGCUUAUGGUGUUGUCUAUGGUUCGUUUAUUCCCCUUCCCGAACCUAUUUAGUUUUUGGAUGUUUAUAAAAUAUGGGCCAUCCGGUGUGAUCGCACGAGUAUGAGUAGCGGAUUAUACAGUGCUGAUAUGAAGCACUAUGAAAACAUG